CAUUGUUUGUUGUGAGAUGAGAAAAUAAAGAGUCCAAUUCCCAGGAAGUACAGCUGGCUGCUUUCUUGGCUUAUUUACAACAUUCAUUCAAUCUCUCACUGCACUGCCAGCCUGCACUUCUUCACCCCCUCUCUCCUCUCUUCUCAUCCUCCUUCUUCUUCAAUGGCAUCCAAGAAGCAAGAUAGAUGCUGAUGAUAAGUUGAUAACAUAGACAAUAUCAUCUCAUAUUGGUGGUGGACAAGUUCAUAAGACUCAACUCAAGAAGCUAUUAAGCAAUGGAAGAAACAUUUGUACCAUUGGAAGGUAUCAAGAAUGAUCUCAGAGGAAGAUUGAUGUGUUAUAAGCAAGAUUGGACUGGUGGAAUCAAAGCUGGUUUGAGGAUUUGGGCCCCCACCACAUACAUAUUCUUUGCAUCUGCAAUCCCUGUCAUUUCAUUUGGUGAACAACUAGAGCGAGACACAGAUGGUGUUCUAACAGCGGUUCAAACACUGGCUUCAACUUCAAUAUGUGGCAUCAUACAUUCAAUCAUUGGUGGCCAACCUUUGCUGAUAUUGGGUGUGGCAGAGCCCACUGUAAUCAUGUACACAUUCAUGUUCAAUUUUGCAAAGGAGAGAGCAGAGUUGGGUAGGGAACUCUUUCUGGCAUGGACUGGUUGGGUGUGUGUAUGGACGGCACUCUUGCUCUUCUUGUUGGCCAUUCUUGGAGCUUGCUCCAUAAUCAAUAGGUUUACAAGAAUUGCAGGAGAGUUGUUUGGCCUUCUCAUUGCAAUGCUCUUCAUGCAACAAGCUAUCAAAGGUCUGGUGGAUGAGUUUCGCAUACCGGAACGACAGAAUCCGAAAGCAAUCGAAUUCUUACCUUCAUGGAGAUUUGCUAAUGGCAUGUUUGCAUUAGUCCUUUCAUUUGGCCUUCUUCUCACUGCAUUGAGAAGCAGAAAGGCCAGGUCAUGGCGCUAUGGUAGUGGUUGGCUUAGAAGCUUAAUAGCAGAUUAUGGUGUGCCACUUAUGGUGUUAGUUUGGACUGGUGUGUCCUACAUACCAUCUUCAAGUGUUCCAAGUGGUAUACCAAGGCGCCUCUUCAGCCCAAAUCCAUGGUCUCCAGGUGCAUAUGAGAAUUGGACUGUCAUUAAGGAUAUGCUUCAAGUUCCUGUGGUGUACAUAAUUGGAGCAUUUAUCCCAGCAACCAUGAUUGCAGUGCUUUAUUACUUUGAUCAUAGUGUGGCAUCCCAGCUUGCACAGCAGAACGAGUUCAAUUUGAGAAAACCAUCUUCUUACCAUUAUGAUUUGCUUCUUUUGGGGUUCUUGACCUUAAUGUGUGGCCUUAUUGGAAUACCUCCUGCAAACGGAGUCAUACCACAAUCACCAAUGCACACAAAGAGUCUUGCAACUCUUAAACAUCAGCUGCUUCGCAACAGACUCGUGGCAACGGCGCGAAAAAGUAUAGGAAAAAAUGCUAGUUUAGGACAGUUGUAUGGUAAUAUGCAAGAAGCCUACCAUCAGAUGCAGACACCCCUUGUUUACCAAGACCCUUCUGCUAGAACACAAGGACUAAAGGAGCUCAAAGAAUCAACAAUUCUACAAGCUACAAGCAUGGGAAGCAUGGAUGCACCAGUGGAUGAGACUCUAUUUGAUGUUGAGAAAGAGAUAGAUGACUUGCUUCCUGUUGAGGUAAAAGAACAACGUCUAAGCAACUUACUUCAAGCAACCAUGGUGGGAGGAUGCGUUGCAGCCAUGCCUUUACUCAAGAAGAUUCCAACCUCAGUCCUAUGGGGCUACUUUGCAUUCAUGGCCAUCGAAAGUUUGCCCGGAAACCAGUUCUGGGAGAGGAUCCUUCUUCUCUUCACUGCACCUAGCAGAAGAUACAAGGUGCUUGAGGAUUACCAUGCUACAUUUGUGGAAACAGUACCAUUCAAGACAAUUGCAACAUUCACAAUCUUCCAAACGCUUUAUCUUCUUGUAUGCUUUGGACUAACUUGGGUUCCAAUUGCUGGUGUCAUGUUUCCAAUGAUGAUCAUGCUCUUAGUUCCUGUAAGACAGUACUUUCUCCCAAGAUUUUUCAAAGGGCCACACCUUCAAGACUUGGAUGCAGCAUCAUAUGAAGAACAAACUGCUUUACCAUAUAACAUUGCAACACAAUCAGAGUUUGGAGCUGGUGCUUCUCAAGUUGGUGAAGGUGAAAUCUUAGAUGAAGUUAUAACUAGAAGCCGUGGAGAGUUUAGGCGCACUAACAGUCCUAAGGUCACAAGCUCAACUCCAACUCCAGGAAAUGAUCUCAAAGGCCUUCAGAGCCCGAGACUGUCAUUCAAUUCUCGCCGUGGCGAGCUUUCGGCCGAGCACAGUCCUCGGUCCGGCACAAGAGGUCCUCACAGUCCAAUGGCCAGAGAAGUAAGGUUGGCAAACUUGGGAAGGAGUCCUCUUAGCUCUGAUUCAAAACAGCACAACAACAAAUAGUUAAACUAAACGCUACCGUUUGAUAAGUGUUUCAAGACAUAAAAUUCAGAUAUAUUAAGAUAACAGAGACAUUUUACUUACUUUUAUAUUUUGUAAAAUAGUUCUGUGUCCUUAUAUCUGUAUUUUGAUUCUGAA